AUGGCAAAACACAGGCGUCGUUCAACAUGCACAUAUGGCAGAAAGCUUCCUGGGUGUCCUUCCGCCUGGUUACGGGAAGACCAACAUCGGGGGAUUGAGCUAGCCAAAAGCGGCCGCUUCGCCUCCGACUGUGAUGGCUUUGAUAUCAAUGAGCCACCACAUUCACAUGCGAAGCCCUAA